AAUGGAGAAUACCGUGAAGAGGUCUGGUUUUUGUUUUGCAAGCCGUGCAAUGUAAACAAUGCUUUCCUGUGUAAUUGUUUUGUGCCUCUAUGCCGAAAGUGUCUCUUGAGAAGAAUAUCAGGACCAUAUCUCAACCUGUGCAAUUCUUUCCAAUUUUCCUCUCAUCAGUUUUACUACAUAUGAAGUAGAGAACUUAUCAGCAUGAAAAGAUGGAGCAGAUACGAAUUGUACCACCUGGUCCAGACAGCUUUCAAUAUUUCACCAGAGAGUCUCUCAAAGCUAUUGAGACACGCAUUGCAGAGGAAAAAGCUAAAAAGUCCAAAGAAAAACAAAACCAUAAAGAAAAUGGUCAAAGCCCAAACAGUAACUUGGAAGCUGGAAAAAAAUUACCAUUUAUCUAUGGUGACAUACCACCAGGGAUGGUGUCUAAACCCUUGCAAGAUCUUGAUCCAUAUUAUGCUAAUCAAAAGACAUUCAUAGUGUUGAACAGAGGGAAGGCAAUCUUCCGAUUCAGUGCCACAUCUGCCUUGUAUAUUUUAUCCCCCUUCAAUCCUCUACGUCAAGCAGCUAUAAAGAUUUUGGUCCAUUCAUUAUUCAGCAUCUUUAUAAUGUGCACCAUUUUGACCAACUGUGCAUUUAUGACCAUGCACUCCCCACCAGACUGGACCAAGAAUGUAGAACGUACAUUCACAGGGAUCUAUACAUUAGAAUCUUUGAUUAAGAUCCUUGCACGAGGAUUCUGUUUGGAACAAUUUACUUUCCUACGCGAUCCGUGGAAUUGGUUGGAUUUCUGCGUUGUUUUGCUGGCGUGUGUAACAGAAGUCGGAAACCUAGGCAAUGUUUCAGCUCUUCGAACUUUCAGAGUAUUGAGAGCUUUGAAAACUAUUUCUGUAAUUCCAGGUCUGAAGACCAUUGUUGGAGCCCUUAUUCAGUCGGUUAAGAAGCUUUCAGAUGUCCUGGUUCUCACAGUGUUCUGCCUGAGCGUAUUUGCACUAAUCGGGCUACAACUUUUCAUGGGACUCCUUAAAAAUAAGUGUUAUCUGUGGCCUACAGGACCUGAUGGUGAACCUCUCAACAUAACUGACACAAGUCAACUUCCUGAAAAUGAAAGCUUGUAUUACAAAUUGGAAGGUCAGAAGGAUCCUUUACUUUGUGAUACAGAUAAAGAUUCACAAGGAGGGAAGUGCCCAGAAGGGUAUAGAUGUGUGAAAAUUGGAAAUAAUCCUAAUUAUGGCUACACAAGCUUUGACACAUUCUCGUGGGCAUUCUUGUCUUUGUUUCGGCUAAUGACACAAGACUCUUGGGAAAUUCUUUAUCAGCAGACCCUACGAGCUGCCGGUAAAACCUACAUGAUCUUUUUCGUGUUGGUGAUUUUCUUGGGAUCCUUCUACUUGGUCAAUUUAAUCCUAGCUGUAGUUGCCAUGGCUUAUGAGGAACAGAAUCAGGCAGCAUUAGAAGAGGCAAAGCAGAAAGAAGUGGAAUUUCAGCAAAUGCUAGAAGAGUUCAAAAAACAACAAGAAGAGGCUCAGGCUGCAGCAGUAGCUUUGGCUGAGUCACAAGCACUGGAUGAAGAAGCUGGGCUAGAUGAGUCUUCUGAAUGCUCUUCUACAGUAUCAAGGCUGAGUUCUAAGAGUGAAAAAGAAAGAAGGAACAGAUGGAAGCAGAAGACACAGCUGAGUGUCAAAGGGUUUCUCUUUUCUCCAAGAAGAAACAGCAGAGCCAGCAUUUCUAGUUUACGAGACCAUGCAAAGGAUGUAGGGUCAGAAAAUGAUUUUGCUGAUGAUGAACAUAGCACUUUUGAAGAUAACGACAGUCGAAGGGAUUCUCUUUUUGUGCCUGGAAGACACGGAGAACGACGUAACAGUAACCUUAGUCAGAUAAGCAGAUCAUCCAGGAAUUCCGCAUUACUUCCUAUAAAUGGAAAAAAACACAGCAUAGUAGAUUGCAAUGGGGCAGUUUCUUUGGUUGGUGGCUCUGGUGGUACCCCUCAACUUUUCCCAGAGGUGAUCAUGGAGUCAACGAAGCAUUUACAGAUUACAGCCUAUUUCUUAUGUCUUUUGGUUUUUUUAAAUACAAUUUGUGAAUUUUUCUCUUAUGUAAUGCUACUUGUGUUACAGGAGAAUACAACAGACACAGAUAUUUACAAAAGAAGGAAAAGUUCUUACAAACUCUCCGUAGAUGCUCUUGAAGGCUAUAGAUUGAGGCAAAGGGCUUUGAGUACUGCUAGUGUACUUACGAACACAGCGGAAGAGAUAGAAGAAUCCAGACAGAAAUGUCCCUCUUGUUGGUAUAAAUUCGCAGAUUGUUUUUUAAUCUGGGACUGCUGUGACGCGUGGCUGAAAGUGAAGACGUUUGUUGCAAUGGUCGUGAUGGACCCAUUCGCAGACCUGGCAAUUACAAUCUGCAUCAUAUUAAACACUAUUUUCAUGGCCAUGGAACAUGCUCACAUGACGACGCAUUUCAAGAAUAUGCUGACAGUUGGGAAUCAGGUUUUCACUGGGAUUUUUGCGGCGGAAAUGGUUUUCAAACUGAUCGCGUUGGAUCCAUACUAUUAUUUUCAGAAGGGCUGGAAUAUAUUUGAUUGCCUCAUUGUGUGCUUAAGUUUAAUAGAAUUUCUGUUUCCUGACAAAAAAACAGGAGGGUUCUCGAUCCUUCGAUCCUUCAGACUGCUUCGCGUUUUUAAGCUGGCAAAAUCCUGGCCUACUUUGAACAUGCUGAUCAAGAUCAUCGGUAACUCCGUGGGAGCUUUGGGAAACUUGACCUUAGUGUUGGCAAUCAUUGUUUUUAUUUUUGCCGUGGUCGGGAUGCAGCUGUUCGGUAAAAAUUACAAGGAAUGUGUCUGUAAAAUCAGUCAAACUUGUGAACUUCCUCGCUGGCAUAUGAAUGACUUCUUCCACUCCUUCCUCAUUGUGUUCCGGGUGCUAUGCGGAGAAUGGAUCGAGACCAUGUGGGACUGCAUGGAGGUUGCAGGACAAGCUAUGUGCCUUGUUGUGUUUAUACUGGUGAUGGUGAUAGGAAACCUAGUAGUCCUUAAUUUGUUUCUGGCUUUACUUUUAAGCUCGUUUAGCUCAGACAAUCUUUGUGCCACAGACGAUGACAGUGAAAUGAAUAAUCUUCAGAUUGCAGUGGGCAGAAUACACAGAGGGGUGAAGUAUGUGCGAAAAUGUUUGUGUGAAUUUUUUCCAAAAUCAUUCAUAAAAAAAAAUAAAAACAACCCAGACGGAGCAAAGCAAUUGAAUGAAUUCAGAGGAAUGAAAAAUGAUUGUGGCUUCAACAGCACUAUUAUUGAAAUGAUCAAAGAACAAGAUUAUUUAAGGGAUGGCAAUGUCACGACAAGUGGCAUAGGGAGCGGCGUGGAAAAAGAUGUUGCCGACGAGAAAGGAUACAAGAAUAUCAACAAACUGUGCCUUGCUGUGACUGUGCCUAUAGCUGUUGGAGAGUCAGAUUGUGAAAUUCUUAACACAGAAGACAUCAGCAGCGUAUCUGAUCAGGAGGGAAAUAAAGGGAGGAGAACGCUGUCCAGUUCAUCAGAGGGCAGCACAAUUAACCUAAGGGCACCAGGCUCUGUAGGAGAAAGUGUGUACUUGGACUAUGGCUUUGAACCUGGGCUUGAACCUGAACCAUGUUUUCCAGAUGGUUGUGUCAAUCGGGUUGCAUGUUGCAAGGUCAAUAUUGAGGAUGGAAAAGGCAAAGAUUGGUGGAAUCUUCGGAAAACCUGCUACAAAAUAGUUGAGCAUAGCUGGUUUGAAUCAUUUAUUAUCCUUAUGAUACUCCUGAGCAGUGGAGCCCUGGCCUUUGAAGACAUUUAUAUUGACAAACACAAGAAUGUCAAAACCAUUCUGGAAUAUGCAGACAAGGUCUUUACAUAUGUCUUCUUCAUAGAAAUGAUUCUGAAAUGGGUGGCCUAUGGAUUUGCAAAGUAUUUCACUAAUGCCUGGUGCUGGCUUGAUUUCUUGAUCGUGAGUAUUUCUUUGAUCAACCUUGUAGCCAGUGCCUUUGGCUACUCAGAAUUAGGGGCUAUAAAGUCCCUUAAGACACUUAGGGCAUUGAGGCCUCUGAGGGCCCUCUCACGUUUUGAAGGGAUGAGGGUGGUUGUAAAUGCCCUAAUUGGAGCAAUUCCAUCCAUCAUGAAUGUUCUUCUAGUUUGCCUUAUUUUUUGGCUAAUAUUCAGUAUAAUGGGGGUAAAUCUCUUUGCUGGCAAAUUCUUCCAUUGUGUCAAUACGACAACCGGUACAAUGAUAUCUGCUAAAGAAGUUGCGAACAAGUCACAGUGCGCGGAGAUGGAAAGCCAAAAUAAAAGUGCCCGGUGGAAAAACGUGAAAGUGAAUUUUGAUAAUGUUGGAGCAGGGUAUCUUGCUUUACUCCAAGUGGCAACAUUCAAAGGAUGGACAGGCAUCAUGUAUGCAGCUGUUGACUCGAAAGAAGUGCUGGAUCAACAACCAGACAAGGAAUACAAUCUUUAUAUGUAUAUAUAUUUUGUCAUUUUUAUAAUUUUUGGAUCAUUCUUCACUUUAAAUCUCUUCAUUGGUGUCAUCAUUGAUAACUUCAACCAACAAAAAAAGAAGAUAAGGGGACAAGAUAUUUUUUUGACAGAAGAACAAAAAAAGUAUUACAAUGCAAUGAAAAAACUGGGAUCAAAAAAGCCACAGAAACCUAUUCCUAGGCCUACAAAUGUGUUUCAAGGUAUGGUCUUUGACAUUGUAACCAAGCAAGGAUUUGAUAUCGUAAUCAUGAUCCUUAUCUGCCUUAAUAUGGUAACAAUGAUGAUUGAAUCAGACGGGGAAUCUGAAGAGAAACGAUGGAGCUUGUACUGGAUCAACAUGAUAUUUAUUUUGUUUUUCACUGGUGAAUUUCUCCUGAAACUGAUUGCUCUGCGGUAUUACUACUUUACCAAUGGUUGGAACAUAUUUGAUUUAGUGGUAGUCAUCAUUUCUAUUACAGGUAUGUUUCUAGCCGACCUCAUUGAAAGGUAUUUCGUUUCACCAACCUUGUUCAGAGUUAUCAGGUUGGCUAGAAUUGGAAGAAUCUUGCGUCUCAUUAAAGGAGCAAAGGGAAUUCGUACGCUGCUAUUUGCGUUGAUGAUGUCGCUCCCUGCUUUAUUCAAUAUUGGUCUCCUGCUCUUCUUGGUGAUGUUCAUUUACGCCAUUUUUGGAAUGUACACAUUUGGCUAUGUUAAGAAAGAAGCUGGAAUCGAUGAUAUGUUCAACUUUGAAACUUUUGGCAACAGUAUGAUCUGCUUGUUCCAAAUUACAACAUCUGCUGGGUGGGAUGCUUUGUUGGCUCCAAUUCUCAACAGUGAGAAACCUGACUGUGACCCAGAAGCUGAACACCCAGGAAGCUCUGGUAAAGGGAACUGUGCAGAUCCAUCAUUUGGGAUUUUCUUUUUUGUCAGUUAUAUCAUCAUAUCAUUUCUUAUUGUUGUAAACAUGUAUAUUGCAGUCAUUUUGGAAAACUUUAGUGUUGCUACAGAAGAAAGUGCAGAACCUUUAGGGGAAGAUGACUUUGAUAUGUUCUAUGAAGUUUGGGAAAAGUUUGACCCAGAUGCUUCACAGUUUAUUGUAUACAACAAGUUGUCUGACUUUGCAGACUCACUGGAACCACCUCUUCGUGUACCAAAACCAAAUAACCUCAAGCUUAUUGCAAUGGACCUCCCUAUGGUAAGUGGUGAUAGAAUUCACUGCCUUGACAUUCUCUUUGCUUUUACAAAGCGAGUUUUGGGUGAAGGAGGAGAGAUAGAUUCACUUCGUCAACCAAUGGAAGAACGUUUUAUGGCUGCUAAUCCUUCGAAAGUUCCAUAUCAACCUAUCACAACCACCUUAAGAAGAAAACAUGAGGAAUUAUCUGCUCUAGUUAUCCAACGUUCUUACCGGCAUUACUCCAUCCGAAAAAAGUUAAAUGUUGUAGCCGUAUUGAAAGAAAAUAACAGUAAAUCUUUUAGUGAUCAAGUUACAAAAGAAGAUUUAAAUAAAUAUAAUGAAAUCCUGCCUGCUGAUAAAUCAAACUCAUUCACCUCGUCAACCUCACCACCUUGCCAUGACAGCUUAGAAAAUGAAAAUAUGACAACACAGAAAUAGACUAUGAAUACUAUGAAAGAGGCAUACAAAAUAGUGUACUCUGACGUUGUAUAUAUGAUAUAUAGUUUACAAUUUGUAAAGGCAUCUUUAAUUGUCAACAGAUCUCAAGUUCAAGGUCUAAUGCCAAAUACACCUUAUAUUAUUGAUGAUGUAUUUAGUGCCUAUAAAACCAUACAAUAAUGACAUUUUGUAUACAAACAUUACCUUUGUGACAGGUUGAUGAGCUUACUGAGGGUAUUACUUUAAUUACUGAGAAUUCAUGCCAUAUUCCU